CUGAAAAAACUAUGAAAGCAUUUAGUGAUUUUACUUUGGCAAGCAACUAUUUAUUAUUUAUUAUAAUUGAAGAAUUUUUAGCAAAUAACUUACCCGAAUCUCUACCAAAUACUCUAACUAAAUCUUUACAAAAUGCACUAACUGAAUUUUCACAAAAUGCACUAACUGAAUCUCCAUGA